GCAACAUGGCGGAGGGGGAGGAGUCAAUGAGCCAGGAGGACUGGAAGGAGAAGUGCAUGGUUUUGGAGACGCUGCUUCUGAAAUUUAGAGUCCAGAUCAUCAAGAUCCGGGAACUCACAGCAGAUAAGGUUGGUUUGAAGCACUUAUGUCCCAUUAUGUAUUGUGCUACACUGUUUUCCAAGUCACCUCUGGGAAGAUUUGGCUCCAAAGCGAAUCUUCAGAAGUCCAGGAGGAGGAGGAGAGCUGUGAUGUUUGUCUGGUGGGGGCACAGCAGCUGUCUGCUGCCGGACCUGCCCACACUGCUCUGUGGCCUCGAUGUGGACCUGCUCCCGAGGGAUGCAGAUUAGAGCUCUGAUGUAAACGACCGUUGGACCACAGGGUUCUGCUACACGACGGCACUGACCCCCGUCAAUUACGUUUCUAAAAUCCAGCAGCUGGAGGCUCAGGUGAUAGAUGCAGAAAAACGGGCUUUUACUGCACAGCAGCAGGCGCAGUGGAUGGAGGAGAAGCUCAAGGCUCCCGAAGGUCCGUGUGGAGACGCUGAGGUACAUUUGUUUCAGCAGUGCCAGGAGCUGCAGGCCUCCCUGCUCAAGAAGGAGGAGCGCAUCGCUCAGCUGGAGCAGCAGCUGGAGGAGCAGAAGCAGAUCCGACUUCAGGAUGCCAAAACGGUGGAGGAGAAAGCAGCUAAAAUCAAGGAAUGGGUGAUGAUGAAGCUGUCUGAGUUUGAAGCUGAGAAUGCAGCGUUGAGAGAAACCAACAAGCAGCAGGAGACCCAGAUCCUGGACUUACAGAGACAAGUUAAAGCCUUUGAGCAGAAACCGAGCGGUGGGCAUGGAGUUCUGGAGUGUCCGGGUGAAGCUCAGCGCCUCAGCAGCCUGACCUUUGGCUGUUUCCAGGUGAAAGGGAAAAGCCCACAGGUCCUGUCUGGACCUGCUCCCUCCCAGAGGAGCCUGAGCGUCCAGGGAGAGUCUGACGACAGAGAGGAAGCCGAGAGCAGCAGAAGACAGACUUCCUCCCCAGACGAUGAGAUCCAAACCCCAAAUCAAACUGGAAACCCUGAAAACCAGGCUCAAAUCCCUGCUGGACCUGAGUCUGCUGGGUCCUCCUCCAAUCUCCCUCCUGCUGUAUCGGAGGGGGGAGCGCUGCGGGACCCCCGCGGGGAGGCAUCGGGUCUGGAGUUCAGUCGACCCGGCAGUGAGACCUACCUGACGGCUUCAGACGACAGCAGCUCCGUGUUUGAUGAUGACAUGCAGCGGGCGGAGCGCCCCCACCUCAGCCUGCUGGAGUCGUCUGACGGAGACACGUGUAAGGACGAGGGGGGGCACCAGGCCAAGCUGGAGGUCUCUGACGAGCUCAACAAGCGGUUCCAGUCUCAGACGCUCGACUCCUCCUCCUCCUCCAGUGAGCCAAACACCCCCAGCCCCAUCCUCACACCUGCACUCACGCCCAAGCGGCCCACCCCACCCCAGGACCCCAGAGACAACCCCGCUCUGCCCAAACAGCCCCGCCUGAGGACCCCGCCAGGCGCGGGGUCCAUCAAGAAACACCUGAGCCAGCCAGCAGUCAGCAGCGAGGCAACAUACGGUCAGACACGCAACGCCCUCAGCAUGCUCCGCCCCCUCCGACCGCAGGAAACCGACAUCGACCAGCAGCUGCAGGAAGCUGAUCCUGAGACGAGCUCACAGAGACCGGACUGCGAGGCCUCGGCGCCGGGCAACAAGCCGCCCACCCCCCCACUCCACAGACUGCCCUCCUGGGAAAGUCGAAUCUAUGCAGUGGCUAAAUCAGGAAUCAGACUGUCUGACACAUCCUGCUCAAAGUCAUCAAGCAAAGACUCCUCCCUGAAAUCCUCCUGUCCCGCCUUUGAGAUGUACACCUCGCUCAUCUAUAAAAACAUGACGACACCAGUUUACACCAGGCUAAAGGGGAAAGCCACUCUGCUGAGCUGCAGUCCGUUUUCAGACGAGUCCUCCAGCUCUGAGGAGUCAUCCAGCUCAGGAGAGGAGGACGGCUCUCUCUGCAGCUCCAACACCUCCUCCAGCUCCAGGAAGGACAGCAGCCCGGGCAGCCCCCGCUCUCUGAAGAGAGGCGUGUCCAUGUCUUCAGUGGCGUCGGAGAGCGACUACGCCAUCCCUCCUGAUGCUUACUCCACCGACACCGAGUGCUCUGAACCGGAGCAGAAGCUGCCAAAGACCUGCUGCUCCGCCAGCGACAACAGCAAGACUGAUUCGAUGGAGAAGUCAGGAUACCUGUUAAAAAUGGUCAAAACCUGGAAGAAAAGCUGGAAGAGACGCUGGUUCGUCCUCAAGGAUGGAGAGCUUCUGUACUACAAGUCACCUAGUGAUGUCAUCAGGAAGCCUCAAGGUCAAAUUGAGGUCAAUGGAACCAGCAGCAUUGCUCGUGGAGAAGGGAAGCAGGUUCUGCAGAUCGUGACUGGGAAGCAUGUCUGCUACCUGAAGGCCGACUCCCCCAACCUGCUGGAGGAGUGGCUGCGGGUGCUGCAGAGCGUGCUGCGGGUGAAGGCUGCGAGUCCUCUGUUCACUCAGCCGGACAUUCGUCCUGUCAUGAAGGGAACGCUCAUCAAGGUGAAGCACGGAUACUCCAAGCAGGUUUACUGUGCUCUGAUUGGCAAAACUCUGUACUACUUCCGCAGCCAGGAGGACAAGUUCCCGCUCGGACAGAUUAAGCUUUGGGAGGCCCGGGUGGAGGAGGUGGACAGGCCGAAGGGUUUGGAUGACAUCCUGAAAGAAUGUGGGCGGAGCCUACAGACGGCACCCUUCACCAUCUCCAUCCACCCACAGGACCAAGGUCUGACCUACCUGCUGGUUGAAUCCCGGAAUGAAAAAGAUUCGUGGCUGUAUCAUCUGUCGGUGGCAGCCGGCACCACUGUGGGAAAAAUUGGAACUGAGUUUGAACAACUGGUAGGAAAACUUUACCAGCAGGACGGGGAUCCAAACUCCCAGAUCUGGAAGCAUCCCAUGUUAGUGUUCAGUAAAGAGGCGCUGCUGUCCCCGCUCACCACACUGCCGUCUCAGGCCCUGCAGACCGAGGCUGUCAAACUCUUCAAGACGUGUCAGCUCUUCAUCAACGUGGCCAUCGAUGCUCCAGCCAUCGACUACCAUGUCUCCUUGGCUCAGAGCGCCCUGCAGGUUUGUCUGGCUCAUCCUGAGCUUCAGAACGAGAUCUUCUGCCAACUCAUCAAGCAGACGCGCAAGAGGCAGUCACAUGCCCAACCGGGACCCUUGCAGGGUUGGCAGUUUCUGGCGUUGUGCGUUGGACUCUUCCUGCCUCAGCAUCCUUUUCUCUGGUUGCUCCAAGUUCACCUUCAGAAACACGGAGACUCCAGGACAGAGGUGGGGAAGUAUGCAAUCUACUGCCAGCGCUCUAUGGAGCGCACCCAGCAGAGGGGAGGGAGGCAGGCCCGGCCGUCCCGUAUGGAGAUCCUGUCCAUCCUCCUGAGGAACCCCUACCACCACUCGCUGCCCUUCAGCGUCCCCGUUCACUUCCUCAACAACACGUACAAGGUGGUGAGCUUUGACGCGUCCACAACAGUAGAUGAGUUUCAGUGUCGGCUCAACCAGGAUACCGGCAUGAGGAAAACUGGACUGUCUGGUUUUGCUCUUUACACUGAUGAUCCCUCUGGGCGGGAACUGGAACACUGCGUGCAAGGAGGCAUCAAGAUCUGUGACAUUCUCUCCAAAUGGGAGCAGGCCUCAAAGGAGAGCCUCUCUGUCAAGUCUGAAAACACCAGGAGUGUCCGCCUCACCUACAAAAACAGACUGUACUUCUCCCUUCAGAUGAGAGGUGAGUCUGACAGGGAGAGGCUGCUGCUGGCGUAUCAGACCAGCGAGGCCAUUGUGACGGGACACUUUCCCGUCAACAAGGAGCUGGCUCUGGAGAUGGCUGCUCUGCUCGCUCAGGUGGAGUUUGGAGAUUUCGAGCGGCCCUUCUCAGCCCCUGGAUCAGCCCAGACCAAGUCUAACCAGACCGUGAAGCAGGUGCUGGACCGAUUCUACCCCAAACACUACCGCAGGACCACGUCAGAGCAGCAGCAGAGACAGCUGCUGCAGAGCCUGUCUGCGCGGUGGGCCUCCCUCAGGGGGCGGACCUCCUCCGAGUGCGUCCGGAUCUACCUGACGGUUGCUCGCAAGUGGCCCUUCUUUGGUGCCAAACUGUUUGAGGCAGAGUCAAUCACUCCUUCUCCAGAGGGGGGUGUCCGUGUUUGGCUGGCGGUGCACGAACACGGCGUCGCCGUUCUGGAGCAUGCCUCUAUUAAACUAUUGGUGUCCCACCCAUACAAGAACCUCAUGACAUUUGGGGGCUGCAAGCAGGAUUUCAUGCUGGUGGUGGGUCACAGCAUCGGUUCCAACGCCGCCAAGAACAAACCGACGGAGAAGCAUCUGUUUGCCAUGAAAACCUCUGAGAUACGGGAGAUCACGCUCCUCAUCUCCAGCUACAUCAACAGCGCUCAUCAACAGAAGGCCGCAGCCCAUCACCUCUCCGCCCCGGCUCUGAUGGUGGCGUAGCCGAGGGAGACGCCCAAAAACAACAACAGAAAAAAACCUUUUCACUAGGCACCGCCAUGCUGGAACCAAAAUACAAAGCAGAUUUUUUCCAGGUGUUUUCUCCAUCAGAAGCAACGUGGGGCAAUAAAGGCGGAUUCCUUGUUUUUAUAUGCAAACUUAUAGCCUUUUUAGAUCAGUUUUCAAGUAUUUGGAGUUCAAAAUCUUUCAAGCACUUUCAUGAGUUUAGUUUACACAAAAUAUUUCAACUCCAAUGAAAGACUAGAGCAGAAAAAAGCAACAUUUCAAAAGGGUUUUUUUAUAAAUUCUUUGUCAUUUCUACACUUAUAGUUGCAUUUUCUGAACUAGGGAUUGACUCAUAAUUGUAAUUAAGUAUGUUUACUUUUUAAUUUAAGAGUAAACUUGUCUGUGCUCUUUAUUAGCCAAAUUGGGAAAAUGUUCCGUCCAUUUUUUUCCUUAUUUAUUUCACACUGCAAUAAAAGUCCAAUUUUUGCCCCCAAAAA